AUGGAGAACAAGAGCUUGGUGAUGGUGUUAAUGGCAAUGGCAAGCUUUGUGAUUGGUAGCCAUGGUGAAUAUGGAAUGCAUGGAUGGAAGGAUGAUAAGGUCAUGGCUGUCCAUAUUGGAGGCAAGGUCCUCUGCCAAGAUUGCACUAAAGAUUGGAACCAUUGGGCUUAUGGAGCCACCUCUCUCAAAGGUUGUAAGGUUUCAGUGACGUGCAUGGAUGAACGUAGAAGGGUGGUAUACCAUGCAAAUGAUGAAACAGAUGAUCAAGGAGAGUUUGAGUUACUUGUUAACAAGUACAUCAAUGGAAAGGAAUUAAAACAUGAAAAAGGAUGCACUGUGAGAUUGGUUUCAUCACCUCACCCUAAUUGUAACAUUGCCACAGACUUCGGCAAAGGCAAAUCAGGUGCUAAACUUUGUUCGCCUUCUCAUGUUUAUCCGGGUCUAAUCAAGUACACUAUCGGUCCUUUUUAUUUUACCUCUCCAAUGUGCGAUGAUCCUAACACUACUCCUCCAUCUCCUAAUUGA